AUGCAAGUCCCCGAACCCGAGGCCUUUCUGGGCAAAGAGAUACAGCUGCGGCCCAGUCCUGGACCCCUAGGACAAGAUGCCGGCACGUACUUUGCGUACUGUCCACCUUGCGAGUGCGCCGACUGUCAGCAGAGCUGGCACACCAUGGCAGACCAAGAAUGGGACCGUUAUACAUACAUGCGCGCGCCAGACGACUUCAAGGGCUUGACCGUAGAGGAGGUGAAGACCACCAUCGCCAGCUUGGUCGAAGCAGCCCAUCAGGACCGAGUCUUCUUGCAGACCCAGAUUGAGUCACAGGGCGACAGGAAUCGUAGUCGCUGGAGGAAGCUGAGCCGGGACAAUCGCGACACGGUGCUCUCGCAGGUCGACCCCGAUAUGCAGCAAAACCGCUGGGACUAUGUCCAAUACAUCUACCACAAUGGAGACGAUGACUUGGGCAGAGAACACCAGCAGCAUAUGCGCGGCACGAUCCUGAUGCCGUACUUGGGCAAAGACCAGCUCAAGUCGGAUCCGGGAAUGCUGCUGAGCCUCUUGCACAACCGAACACACCACGCCCCAGAGGAAUGGGCCAUGUUUGAUGCUAGACAGAUGCAGCUUAGAUGGGAAUUUGGAUUGCUUGACACCCGAGGAUUCUCGGCCACUUGCGUGGUCAUGCAUGGUACCCAAUACGGGCGUAUCGUGGGCUUCGAUCGCGAGGCCACCCACAGAUGUGACCAAUUUGGAUUUCCCAGAGCCCGCCUCAUCCUGGACGCUCAAGCACGUCUUCUCAAGUUCCUCCGCAGUGUCGCGGUGCAGCUUCUCGAGGGCACCGAGCUGGGCAACCUGGGGUUUCAAAGAUUUUGGCACUGGAUGGACAUAGACGAUGAGCUGCAGAACCUCAAGCACUGGCGGGACCAAUACAGUGACCAGAUCCUUGCCGGUCAACCGCUCCCCGUAGAGUACGAUCGAGCCAUCGGGUCAUUGGAGACGAUUCUCGUAAACAGAAUGCACGACGAGUCGGCGCACAUUCGCCUCAUCUUCCGAACACGCCCUGGAUUCCGCCACAAUUGGAAACUCCAACGAAACGACGGGGUAGGCUUGUCGAUAGACCCAAAGGAACAAGACGACGAAGAGGAACUUAACAGCUACAUGGCCCGGCUCAUGGAAGAAGACCCCCUUGAUUGGUUUCUCCGCAAAAUCACUGCUGGGGUCGACUCGACGAACCGCAUUGGUUUCGCAUCUUUAUUCGCCUUUCUGGACGAGCACCUCGCAAAAUGCUCGGCAAGCGACCGAGCGCGCUUGGAUGAGGUUCUUCUAGCAAAGCUAUCCGGCCUGGCAGCACUAUCAGAGCUCCUUGACACGAUGCGUCUCCAUCGUCCCCGGGCCUCCGACCCUGACGGCGAAGCGAUGUUGAAGACAGAAAAUCGACGCUGGUGGAGGCGCUUAGCCAAGACUGAAGAGCAAGGGAAGGCCGAGCGGUGCCCGAGAACGGCACGACUGCUUAAAGCCUUCAUCGAGAUACCGGCGCCUCGCCGUGGCCAGAACGACCAACUCGUUCGUUUCGACGCUACGCACGAGUCACUGCAGGCCUUGUGGAAGUCAAUUGAAUCGCUCUGCGGGAAGCAACUUUGGAAGCUGAAGACACUCACCCCGGACGAAAUCAAGCACGACCUAGAUGCCGUAUCCGCCUAUGCAUCGCAAGAACACCUCAACAACGUAGCCCAUCAACGCCAAAGGAUGGCCGCCGAGGUGGCAAGACUUGAAGCGCCGGUCGUCACAAGCUUCGGUACUUCUCAAACCCAGACACCGCCCCAAAAUGCUCCCAAGACUGAGGUCAAGGCGAAGAGAAAGAAGAAGACCAAGGCCCGCCCCGAACACACAUCGGCCAUCACCUCUGACCUAGGAGAUAUCGAGCUCAUCUUUGCACCCUCCAAGCCUGUGUCGUCCGAGGCGAUGGAGAAGAUCCCUACCACACAGCGCGCACUGGGCAUGGUCACAGCCAUGUAUCCGACCUCACCCGAGGAGGCCAAGAGCAUGGACUGGGACGUCUUGGUGCACGCAAUGCGCGACAUGGGUUUCGCCGCGCGCAACAUCGGCGGCUCGGCUGUCAGCCUCGAGCCGUUCAACGGCAUGGCGGCGGCGCACGGAGGCAAGAUCAUAUUCCAUCGGCCGCACCCCGUGGCGAAAGUCGAUCCAAUUAUGGCACAGGCAUUGGGAAGGCGGAUGGCUCGACGGUUCGGCUGGCAACGUCACAUGUUCGUCCUGGCUGAGAAGAAGAUGUAG